UCGUUACCAGGACGACCAGAGAGGGUUGGACCGACAGCAGCGCGUCUCCAUAGGGAGAGGAGGCCGAGGGUUGCGAAGAGGAAGGGUGGACAGGCGGGUGCAGGGGUGUACAUCCAGGGGAUAGGCCGCUGUCGGAAAUUUCGCAGAGAUGGAGUUUCUACAGAAUCAUCACGCGGUUAACACCUCCGAGUCGCCGUAUACCCUCGGUACAGGUUCCGUCGGCAGCAUCGAGGCGACCAUCUCAUCCAGCCUCUGUUCUGGACCGCUGGGCGUNCUCGCGGGCGACGACGCUCUAUCAACUGACAAUCAAAACGAGGAAGCAGCCGCACUCGGUGCCGCUCUGCAAGGUACGCUGCGUUUACAGGAUCUGCAGAGCUCGCCGGAUGACAUCGGCACCGAUCAAGCCCAGCAACUUUCGACUUCCGGCCAGGCCGUAAGCGAGUUUGGCGGCAGCUUUUGGGUCGACGACAUGGCGGGUUUUCCUCUACCACCAUUGGACUUGGAUCCGCUGCCUCCCGGGCUGUUCAGCCCAUGUUCGGGAACGUACAACUGGGGCUGCUCGCGCGGCGAAUGCAUCCCAAGGGCCGGCAACGGCGCGAACGGCGAGGGCGUUGCCGAUGUCCUCUUAUCCCUAAAACACGCAGUGGUGCAUCCUGGAAGUCCAACAGCCGGCUAUUAUCCUACCGGUGCCGGUUCUACUGCAGCCCAUCACUACUCGCAAGACUAUGUGCAGAAUCUAGGACCGUCGGUUCCAGGUCCGGGUCAUUACGGUUCUGCGUCCGCCAUGUCCGUCAAUGUCUCGAUGAACAUGACGAUGAACAUGAACAUGCAUUCUGGAUACGAGCAAAGCUAUUCGUCGGCGUGGGGUGUGGAACCUCUUUUAAGUCCCGCCCCUCAGUACGGCAAUCCGGUGGAGGCGGCGGCGCAAACGACCGUAAGGGUGAAUCAGGGUGCACCGACCAAUAGCGGUUUGAUCGGCCAUCCCCAUUCUCACCCCCAGCCACAUCACGGUGGUGGCCGGCUGCAGCUCGGGGGUGAACACACGAUAUGCAUGGGUACGACAGGUCCGGCGACUGCUACGGGCGGCGUCACCCCCGAGGAUAAUGGCAGACCCAAUCUAUGCAGGAUAUGCGGCAAGUCAUAUGCCAGACCUAGCACUCUCAAAACUCAUCUGCGCACUCAUUCUGGGGAAAAGCCGUUCAGAUGUCACGCGUGCUCGAAGGCGUUUAGCCAGGCGGCGAAUCUGACUGCGCACGCGAGGACACAUUCUGGGGAAAAACCAUUCCGAUGUCCUGUGUGUGAUAGAAGAUUUUCUCAAAGUAGCUCGGUGACCACGCAUAUGAGAACGCAUUCAGGUGAACGACCCUAUAGAUGUCGAUUCUGCAAGAAGGCGUUCUCCGACAGCUCGACGCUCACCAAGCACCUACGUAUUCACUCCGGUGAGAAACCGUACCAGUGUAAGCUAUGUCUGCUUAGAUUUAGUCAGAGCGGUAAUCUUAAUAGGCAUAUGAGAGUUCACGGCGGUUCCCUGACGUGACACAGUCCUCGCGCAUCAACACAGUCCACGAUGAUGAUGAUCGAUGACAGCGGUGCUGCGCGCCAAUUUCCCAAAUGCUGUCGUAUACCUGUGAUUCGAUUAGGAACAAACUCGCCGGAAAAAUAAUAGACAGAAAUAAGGCGAGUGUGUCUCUCACUAAUAAUAUAUAUAUAUAAUUUAAUACUAGAAUAAUUAAUUUUUAUCAGUAUAAUUAAUUGAAGAAAGAAGUUUCGAUAUCUUAUUUAUGUAUUUUAUUAAUUUAAUCGCAUUAUGCAUACGAAAAAGUUCGAGACAAAAAACCGUCGUGAAUAAACAUAAGUAAGCCAAUCGUCGGCAGUCUGUCAGCAGAUUGAUAGAAAUUUGUGUUCUAUUGACAGAUCUUGCCGCUAGUUUGCAUUAGACUGUGCUGCAGGUCUGUGCUUCAUCUCUCUGUCAUCAUAUUUUGCUGGCAAACUUUUCUAUAUUUUUAGUACUAGCCAUCUCUCUGCUGAUAUCAUUGCAUACAACAAAUUCUGUAUGAAAUUUAUAGUCUUUCUGCCGAAAAAAUUUGUAGCAUCUUGCACAAUUUGUAUUAGAUAGACUUAGCUAUCUCGCAUAUAACUUUUCUGCAUUUUUAUGCCAUCAAACUCGGUGAAUCGAAAAUUCAUAAAAGUCGUAACAAAAAAAUGUAUUUUAUACAUUAUUAUGAAAUUAUAUAAUGAAAAUUACAACGUAAAUUAUACAUUAAAUUAUAUAUUGAACAUUAUGUUUGCGUGUGUGUAUAUAAUUAUAUAAUUAUAAUUAGGAAAUGAUAUAUUCUCGAAAUCUUCUCGAAAUAAAAUCGCGACGAUAUACAAUUUCUCGAAAUAUACAAUCUAGGAACUCUUUGAUAACUAUGCCGAAAGUUUUAAACAUUAUAAAUAAUGUUACUCUUGACAUAUGAUAUUUAAUAUUUUUAGACAUAAUCAAUUUUUUUUAGAUAUAUAUUUUUUUUAUUAUCUACAAUGUUUCUCUCAGUUUUCUCAACAUAUUGCUUAUCAAAAAUGCAUAAAAAAUUGCAAUAUUUAUUUUUAUAAACAACUAUUUCUUUUUAGUUAUUCCAUAAAUACCAUAAAUAUAAUUUAAUAAGAUCCAAGUUAGAGGAUAUCAAAUGGUGAUCAAAAGUCAAACUGGACAGCUCUUUCUCUCUCUCUCUCUCUCUCCUAAGAUUAAUAAAAGAUUAUUUUACAUGCUUCUGAUUGUUAACUCUAAUAAUAGGCUUGUGCACUCUGUCUUACAUGUAUAUUGGUCAGGAUGGGUGUAAAAUAGGAUAAUAGACUCGAGUGUGCAGCAUAUUUAACACAGCACACAGCAAGCAAAAUUCCGUCGAUAUUAUUGUACAAAUAUUGUAUUUAUUAUAAUUAUUAUUAAUUAUAAUAAUAAUGUUGCUCGUUUUUAUCUCGACACCAUCUUUUCUCAAAUAUUUAUUCUAUCAUCAUCGAGUGUGUCAAGUGGCUCUUCUUCUUUUUUUAUGUUGUAGUUCGCUUCUCUUUUUUUGUUUGUGUAUAAUCGCAAUGAACAAAGAUGUAGUUUUGGUGCUGUCAAUUCUUACUCGUCGAGAAACGAAAAAAUGAAAAACGAAAUGGAAAUAAAAAGAAGAAACAAAUAUUACAGAAUAUCGAUUGAUCUAUCUAUACAAGUAUAUUCGCAAUGAAAAGAACUCGUUUAAAAACUAAUUAUUAAUUAAAAGCAACGUAUUUUUCUCUCUCGCUCUCUCUCUCGCUCUCUCUCUCUCUCUCGCUCUCUCUCUCUCUCUCCCCCU